UUCCCCCCAGCUGCGCGCGGGCGUCGCCUGCCUCCCCACCCCCGGCGAUCGUGGGGCGGGCGGACGGGAGCUGAGUCCUCCUCCUCGCCGCUGCGCCUCCGGCUCCCGGUGGGGCGCGUGGAGAGAGGGGGAAACCAGGUCACCAGCGCCGAGACAGACAAACCGGCUGGGGAAGGCAGUGGGGCUGGGGCGGACUCAGGUGGGGAGAAGAAGGCGAAGGAGGAGAAGGAGCAGAGGGCCGAGGAGGCGGCAGGACUCCCCCCAUCGGCGGCGGCGUCAGCAGCGGCGCGCCUUCGACGGGCAGAAGCCCCAGCCGGGGCAGGACGCGCAGGCAAGAGGAGACCCGCGACGGCCGCGCUGCCGGAUUUGCUCGCGAUGCUAAGAACAGAAGACCUGUGAUCCCUGUAUCUGCGCAUAUAUUUCAAAACAGAUAUGGUUUCUGUCAUCCUCCAGCUCAAUCUCGUCUCUCAUUUAUGGGCUCGUUCUAAGCAUGCAAAAGAUCCCGGCACUUCAGCUUUCUGAUCAAAGUGAUAACUGGUGAAAAAGAGAAAUGAGAAUGACUACCUUUUGCUGAUUCCCAGCAGCAUGUCAGAACGGCAAUCUUUUGAAGUAACCACUCCCAAAAUAUCUCAAGUGGAUUGACUGCCUACCUGCCUACAUGGAUCAUAUAUUAGGUGAAUAUUAGUACUUUUAAAUAAAUAUAUCUUGCUUAUACCCAACAAAAAAACUUAACAACACAUCAAACAUAUAUGUCAUGUCCACGGAGUAGGAAGAGCAAAUUUUCCUGAUUUAUUUAGUGUCAAUAUUAUUAUUUUUAUUAAAACAGAAGAAAACAACGACAUAAUCAGGAAAGGUGUCUUGGCAUAAAAUAAACUGAAAUGGAACAGGAGACAUUUCUGCAGGACAAUGUUUGGUGACAAAGUGAAACCUUAACAUUCUUGAGCUUUUAGUAAACACUUAUUAGUGGAAAAGUCAGAAACUGGAGAUGGAUGACUUUCAGCACUGAAAAUUCUUUGUGCCUAAGCAGCAGAAUCAAAGGCUUUAAUUCAUUGUUUUUGAUAGGAAAAUAUUAAUUCAGUUUUGAGAUAUAAGCUAUACCAAGUUUUUAGUCAAUUCAGCUUUCUUUUUAAACCAGAUUAUUUAUUUACUUUUGUUAAAAAAAGAAGAAGAAGCGGGCCUUGGUAUACAUUUUUAAAUUAAAAACUCUUGAUGUGAAUAUUUCAGAAUGAAAUAGAAAUGUGAAAAAGAAAACACAAUAAAUGGUUUUAAUCCACUGUACCGUCGAUGCCGAAUGGCUAUCAGGCACAAAAAUCCAUAGUGGAAAGUAGUUACAUCUUAGACGUUGUUGAGUAGCCUUCAUCAAAAUAAAAUUUAAAAAAUGCCUUGGAUCCAGAGAUCCCCUUGUCCACCUGCAGUGCCCCCCAGUCCUUCGCAAUAUCUCUUCUGAGAGUUGGGUGACCUUUCUGAAUGGGGUGAACAUUCAGACACACAAGUGUGUGUGUUAAAGGGGAAGAAGGGGAUCAGGAGGCUGAACGUUCUGUGAGCAGGAACAUCUCUGGAUCCAAGCCUAUAAAAAGUAAGGUUGACAAGCUCCCAAUUUUCGACACUCAACUUUAUUCCAUGUGAAGUGCCCCUGAAGAAUUGUCCUUUUUCAUUUUGGAGCUUCCAAAUGAAAACCCAACUGUAAUAAUAGACCAAAAAUAAUGCCUUAAGAUUCUUAUUGGACAGCCUAUGGUUUUGUCCUUCUGAAGAGUUAGCAAAGCACUUUUUCCAAAUUAUGACAGUGGUCAGGGAACAGAAGGAAGAAGUAUGAUAAACUUCUUUCUAAAAGAUUUGAAAAUAUAGUUGCUGAUUUAUAUGCAGCCAUUCUUUUCUGUUUACAGUCACUCCUUUGACCCCUAUUAACUGGGUAAAUUUAAAUUUUUUGGAGAACUGUUUGAUGCCAGGGAAACAAGAAAAACAACGAAAAUUGUAAGAAGUUUUGCACUGUUACUGUAAUAGUGGCAUUAAUUAAAAUUGCUUGAGACCUUUAUUUUAAAUGCUGGUUAUAAGAGCUUGUGUGUGACCCGAAAUGAAUGUGAGACAUUCUUAUUUUUAAAGUUGAGGAGGCUUUAUCUAAUUAUCGACUGCCUUGCAUAAUGAUUUUGAAAUGUUCGUAGCAUAAGUGUGUGAAUGAAACAGAUGUAGAAACAGCCAGCUCUUCAUUAUUGAAUCAUAGGGAAAAAAGCAAUUUAAUGAAAUGUAACUGGCAAACCAAUUAAGCUUAACUUCAACAUUUAAGCAGUAUUCUCUUGCUGAUUAAGAUGGCUUGUUUUGAAAUUUCCCACCUGUUGAAUUCAAUAAAAAUUGCUUACUGAAAUCACUGAAGUUUGAAAAAGCUGCUUUCUUGCAAAUGUGUUAAAUUAGUGAGCAGCGGGGAGUUUGGCCUAUGUGUAUGUAAGGCAUGAAAGGUUUACGCAAAUCAUUCUGUCAAUCAAAAUCGAUAAAGCAGAUGACAGAUUUAGACGCUAAAAUUUUUGCAAAACGGGACAUACUGCUUGAAUCAUCAACAUAGCACUAUUGGAUUUUCUAGGAGUUAAUGCUGAAAACCAGGAUUAUUGAUUUUUGGAUUUUGAACAUAUCGUCUCAAGGAUUUCCUGAGUGUACUUUGUGAUGCUUCACACUUAAGUUGACAACACCAGGGGCAUUUCUGUAUCCUUGCCUUUGUAAUCGUUUUCUAAUCAUACUGAAAGGAGACAGAAGUAGCUUUAUAAAAUUAUAAUUCCACCCCCCCCCAAAAAAAUCGUGCAACGGUGGGGGUUUGUCUGGGCAUCGCCUCUUUGUCUGGUGGCCAAUGUUACCUGCCAUCUUCUCGAGGAAUUAACAUACAGUCACAGAUUAAGACCUUUGACUGUUAUAAAUCUGCUUUCCAAUAUGUUUGACUGGCAGGAGAGCUCUCAGUCCAUCCCUAAUAUAAAGAGGGUAUUAGCACCUCGGGCAGCGCUCUAAAGUUAAACAUACAAUUUUGCGGCCGACUUUCCUGGGUGUUGCGUAUUCAUCUCUCUUGCCCACCCCAUGCGUAUGCAGGCUUCCGUGUGUAUAUGCAUGUGAGCGCAUGUGUGCAUAUGUAAAAUAUAAGGCUGACGAUAGGAUAGCAAGAUGAACUACUGUAUGCAAGAAAUAUAUGAAGCUCGCCCGGCUGCCGGCAGCAACUGCUACAUGCAGCCCUCUGAUUAUUGCACUUAUAUCGAAGAUAGUCAGAGUUACAGCAGUUGCGAUGCUCAGGUCCUGCACAAUAACAACAACAUAUAUAUGGAACAGGCCUGGGCGGUGAAUCAGCCGUAUACCUGUAGUUACCCUGGAAACGUUUUUAAAAGUGAGUACUCCGACAUGGACGUGGCCCUGCAUCAGUACAGCCAACCUGAAUAUUUCACCGAAGAAAAGCCUACUUUUUCUCAAGGGCAAUCGCCAUCCUACUCUCAGAAGAAAGGGUACAUACCCAGUUACUUAGACAAGGACGAGCUAUGUGUUGUUUGUGGUGACAAAGCCACGGGGUAUCACUAUCGCUGCAUUACUUGUGAAGGUUGCAAGGGUUUUUUCCGAAGAACUAUUCAGAAAAACCUUCAUCCAACUUACUCCUGUAAAUAUGAAGGAAAAUGUGUGAUAGACAAAGUCACAAGAAACCAGUGCCAGGAAUGUCGCUUCAAGAAAUGCAUCUAUGUUGGCAUGGCAACAGAUUUGGUGUUGGAUGACAGCAAACGGCUAGCAAAAAGAAAACUGAUAGAGGAGAAUCGAGAGAAGAGACGUCGGGAAGAGUUACAGAAAACCAUUGGGAUGAAACCUGAGCCAACGGAUGAAGAGUGGGAGCUUAUCAAAAUUGUUACAGAAGCGCAUGUCGCCACCAAUGCACAAGGAAGCCAUUGGAAACAGAAAAGGAAGUUUCUGCCAGAGGAUAUUGGACAAGCACCAAUAGUAAAUGCCCCAGAAGGCGGGAAAGUAGAUUUAGAAGCCUUCAGCCAGUUUACAAAAAUUAUCACACCAGCAAUCACAAGAGUGGUGGAUUUUGCCAAAAAGUUGCCUAUGUUCUGUGAGCUGCCAUGUGAAGACCAGAUCAUCCUUCUGAAAGGUUGUUGCAUGGAGAUUAUGUCCCUCAGAGCAGCAGUUCGCUAUGACCCCGAGAGCGAGACUUUGACCCUGAAUGGGGAGAUGGCGGUGACCAGGGGCCAGUUGAAAAACGGGGGUCUUGGAGUUGUAUCGGAUGCCAUUUUUGACCUGGGCAUGUCAUUGUCAUCAUUCAACCUAGAUGACACAGAAGUCGCCCUCCUACAGGCGGUACUGCUGAUGUCUUCAGAUCGUCCGGGUCUUGUCAGCGUCGAGAGAAUAGAAAAGUGCCAAGAGGGCUUCCUCCUGGCAUUUGAACACUACAUUAAUUACAGAAAGCAUCACAUUGCACACUUUUGGCCAAAACUGCUGAUGAAAGUGACGGACCUACGAAUGAUUGGCGCUUGUCAUGCUAGCCGCUUCCUGCACAUGAAGGUGGAAUGCCCAACAGAACUCUUUCCCCCUUUGUUCCUGGAAGUUUUUGAGGAUUAAAAAGACUGGAGAGGUUCUCAAAAAUCCUAUAGCACUACUGGGUGUCUGUCAUUUCAUUCCAUUGCCUAGUAUUUUCUCUCUCUCUCUCUUUUGUUCAUUUCCAUUUUGUUCCACCUUGUUUUUUGUUUGGAGGAUUAUUUUUGAUAGGCACGAAUGAUGAUCUCCCUUCAAUGCGGGUACUUGUGACAAUUGCAUUUGUGUGUUUGUGGGUGUGGGUGUGUGUCCUUUUGAUGUGAAUCCUUUGGAAGUUUGACAUUGGGAAUACAAAUGAAUCCGUUUCGUUCACCAGCAUUCAGGUGCUCAUAAGCUCACACUCAUCACUAUUUGGAGAGAGGUGGGAAAAUAAGCUGAACUAGUAGGGAAACAAAUACUCAGAACUUUAUAUUUUUUAAUUCUGCCAUAUUUUAUACAGUAUUAUCUCACUUUCAGGACACGAGGUAUUUGCUACAAUCUAGCAAGUGUUAGGCUCACCUAAGUACCAGCUGAAAUCGAUAGGACUUAACCAUGCUUAACUUUCACCUGAUUGCAACCAUGGUUUUUAGUAGUUCUUAAGAGAGUACAUCUUAAUUUAGCCAAAGACUUCCAUAAUUGCCAUCAUUGCUUUGAGAUCAGAAUGGGUAUCUUACAAGUAAAUAAAUAAAACAUUUUGUAUUUUUAAAUCUUUAAAAAAAAAUAGGUCAGUGCUCCAAAAAGUGCAGAAAGUCCCUCGUUUUCCACAUUUUCCAUAUUUUAUUGGGAUGUGUGUACAAAAGUCAAACCUACUAGAAUAAGAACUCGCAUUUGGAAUCUACAUUGCCCCAAGUCUUCAAAAACAAAUUUGACUUCAUGUUGCUAAAUAGGGCAAAUUGCUAUACAGUCAUACCUUGGUUCUUGAACAACUUAGUUCUCGAACGUUUUGGCUCCCGAAUGCCGCAAACCCAGAAGUGAGUGUUCCGGUUUGUGAGCGUUCUUUGGAACCUGAACGUCUGACGGGCUUCCGCGGCUUCUGAUUGAGUGCAGGAAGCUCCUGCAGCCAAUUUAUACCCCAGAUGGGCGGGGUAUAAAUAAGAAAUUAUCAUAUUAUAAUUAGAAGCCGUGCCUUGGUUUUCAAACGUUUUCGGAAGUCGAACGGACUUCCGGAACAGAUUCCAUUAGAGAACCAAGGUACGACUGUGUUAAUCAUCCAGGCUUUUGGGGAGGUGCGGGAGAAACCUGACAGUUUUGGGCUCGAUCCAUUCAUUUCUUAUGGGUGCAGGAACUCUGAUAGGCACACCAAAAAUGUCCCCCUGUAAAAUGAGGAUGGGGAACUUGUGGUAGUCCUCCAGAAGACCCUUGGCCAUGGUGGCUGGAGCUGAUAGGAGUUGGCACCCAGCAGCAAAUGGAGGGCACAGCUCCCCCGUCACUGCUGCAAGGGCUACCUCAUUAAUUUCUAUAGAUGCAGAAAGCCCAUAGGCACACAAAAGAUUUGAAUAAGGCAUUUAUGAGCGUGUGCGAGCACUUUCUGCAUAUCUGAUGACAUCUGUGACUCUGGAUUGGGAUAAUUUAAAGGAAGAGUCAUAUUUUCUCUGAAAACUCAAGCAUGGUGGCAUCCAGUUUUUGUGGAUCACAACACUCAUCAGCCCCAGCAAACAUGGCCAAUGGUCAGGGAUGAUGGGAGCUGGAGUCCAUGACAUCUAGAAGGGGCCAUGUCGGCUACUCCCGGAAACGUAGACAAGGGAAAUUGACAUAGCCCUAAAGUACAAAUGCAUUUGUCGUCUUUGUACUUAAGGCUCUACAACUUCAUUCCAGCAAUUUGAUGACCAUUCCCAGUGGCGUUUUUGACAUUGCGGGCGGAAUCUUGAGGUGAAAAGGGGUCAUCCGAAUGCUUUUCCGAGACCCAGAUUCAAAAAUCAUUUGCAGGGGUGGGCUAAAUCCAGAGCUAAAUUCACGGGUCACAUCCGCACUGUGUAUUUAAUCCACAUGGCUUCCUCUGAAGAAUCCUGGGAACUGUAGUUUGUUAAGCAUGCUAGGAAUUGCAGCUCUGCGAGAGGUAAAUUACACUUCCAGGAUACUUUGCGGAAAGCCAUGUGCUUUUAAUGUGUGGUAUAGAUGUGACCACAGAGUAUUUGAAAUGACUGCUCUAUCUCCUUUUAUAGUAUAAAACUGACCAUAAAGGGAAAACAGCUUUAAAAGUUGCGCUAAUCUAAGCCCUUUAUACUUCAUCCAUUUCCCUAGUUAAGAUAAUGGGUUGCAUUUUGGACUUGAUUUUCCUUUUUUCUCCCACUUCCCUGAAAACAAUUCUUUUCCUCUGAUAUAUUAGUAACAAACUGUGCAGGACAAGCUCUCCUGCUGCUGUUUUCCGUUAAUCAGGAAUCAGUGCGCUUGGGGCUGUUCUGAUGGUGAUGUUUAAACAGACUAGGAAUGCAGUUCCUGGAACCUCUAACUUAUUUGCUGUGAACUGCUCUCAUUUUUUAUAUGAUGCAUCAGGCAGGCCAUUCCCUCUUCUCUUCUCUUCUCUUCUCUUCUCUUCUCUUCUCUUCUCUUCUCUUCUCUUCUCUUCUCUUCUCUUCUCUUCUCUUCUCUUCUUCUCCCAGUUCAGCUUAUUCUCAAAGUAUGCUUUUUGAAUCCUUCCAUGCUACCCUUUGCAUUCACAUAUCAGUAAGUAGCAAAGGGGAUAGACCCUUUCACUGCCUGUCUACAGUCACCCUCAUAGUGACUGUAACCCGGGGCAAGGACCCCAGGAAACCUGAAUCUAGUCCUUGCCGCAGCCAGCAGGGUUUAGUGCCUGCACUUCUGAAACAACAGUUCUCAUGCCACAUAGCAAACUGCUUUGGCAAUCAAACAACAUUAGUUCCAGAAGCGGCAUGUGUUACGUCUUCUGUUGCAAGAAGACAAUUCCACAAACCCUUGGGAGCCAUGUCGGCCCAGAACAAUCCCUAGAAGUCUAGACCCAGAGCACCAUUGUAUACGCUGGAAAAAUUCUGUACUCAGGAAGAUGUUCACUGUGGACAAAGCGAGAACAGUAGAGUUCCUUUCAGCCAUGCUUCAUUCCAUUAGCAAAGGAAGUCUUUUGAAUGCUCAUGCACCAAACUGUGUCAUCACAUAGUGGACAUUCAGUAAGUCCAUGGCCCCGCAAUCCAAUACAGAGUUAGGUGUGCUUAAACUCACUGAUUUCAAUGACUUAGGUUAGGUUGUGAUCCAUGUUAGCAAAUGCCUAAACAUGCUGUAUAUAUUUUUCACAGUCUAUAUCCGGGAUUGGCAAGGUUUACCAGCCAUGGGCCGGAUCACUCCCACGGAGAUAGUCUGUGGGCUGGACUGCUGCAGCGCCGGAAAUUGCAUCUGUGCAUGUCCGUGGCGCCAGAAAUUGCUUCUGCGCAUGCCCAGACGCUGAAAAUCGUGCCUGUACAGAAGCAAUUUUCGGUGUCUGGACAUGCGCAGGCGCAUUUUCUAGUAUCUGCGCAUGCACAGACAAAAUUUCCGGCGCCGCUCGGCGAGUCCCUGCGCUGCGUCGUGCCGGUUUAGCGCAGCGCGUGGGGGACUUGCCGAAGUGGGCGGCUCAGCUCAGGGGGGGGGGCUCAUGGGCCUGUAAAAUGGUCUUCAUGGGCCGCAUCCGGCCCACGUGCCGCACCUUGCCAACCUCUGGUCUAUAUGAAUAGGGCGUGUGUGUGUGAGGCUCCUAAACAGUCACAGAAGAAACAAAGGCAUCAUGUUGACUCCUUUUGUUUUUUAACUGCUGCAAAACAAAAGUCCAGGCUGCAAGAGUAAUAACCCACAUCCAUAGUGAAAAGUGUUAACAUAGAUCAGUUCAUGAAUGAGGCAUCCAAGAAGGCUGCAUGAUAUUCUCUCGGGUGCCAGAUACGUCUACAGAACCUAAUAUCACCUGUCCCCAGAGGGACAGUUGUUGCCAUAAAAGAGACAGUUGCGAGCUUUUGUUUCACAAGCUUCUGAUAGCGUAAGAAUAUGCAAAGUUUCAAAGUAAGCUUCACCUGGUCUCUUUCACCAGCUUAAGUCAUUUGAAAACGCUUAUCCAAAAAUUCAAUUGGAUGAACUCAGGGAUUAUUAUUUAUCAAAAGAUGAACAAAUUCAAAAUAGAUCAAGCAUCUGCCCAGAUAAAUGUGUCUUGUCAAAUACAGUGGUACCUCGGUUUACAAGCACAAUUGGUUCCAGAAGUCUGUACUUAACCUGAAGCGUACUUAACCUGAAGCAAACUUUCCCAUUGAAAGUAAUGGAAAGUGGAUUAAUCCGUUCCAGACGGGUCCGCGGAGUACUUAAACUGAAAAUUUUCAAACCGAAGCGUACUUAAACCGAGGUAUGACUGUACCUGCUUUACAAAUAUUACAGGCAAAUACAUCGCAAGUUGGAACUGGCCCUCGUCAGCUUACUUAAUAAGGAGAUAAGUGGAGUUUGAAAGUGCUGCAGUUCAAUCUACGCAAACAUCCAUCUUGCUUGCAAGGCCUAUGGAAAUAGAUGUGGGUGAGCAGUACUAGGGUGUCAUCCAGACAAUGGACUGCUGAUAACCUCAUGGUUAUUGCACCCCACGGUCUGUAAACCUUUCCUAGCAUACUUUAUACAAAACGUAACCUCAGGCUGCAAUCCUGUGCCCAGUUACCUGGAGUAAGCCCCACUGAAUGGACUAGGACUUACUUUUGAGUAGACAUGUUUAGCAUUGCACUGUUAGUAAAGCGGAAAACCACCCAUGAUUGGUAUAUCAGGCAUGGCCAAAUUUGGCCCUCCAGAUGUUUUGGGACUACAACUCCCAUCAUCCCUAGCUAACAGGACCAGUGGUCAGGGAUGAUGGGAACUGUACUCCUAAAGCAUCUGGAGGGCCAAGUUUGGCCAUGCCUUGUAUAAGUGGAGGACUCGCACCAUCCCUAACCCUACAGAAUCAAGUAUGUAUGCUGAAUUUCCAUCGUGGUGCCCCAACUCCUCCUUGGCCUUGCCAAAUUCUUUUAGCAGAUGCUAAACUGGGCAGUUGAUGAUAUCAGAAAGGCAGGCCCUUCCAAGUCCUGUCUUGGAAGUUUCCCUGUUUAUUCCCAUUUCUCAGCACGUAUCAUCAAGCACGUGUGGGGAAUGUGUGGCGUAACCAUCUGAAUUCAGCAUUGCUUAAUAUAAAUUUUGAAGACUCGAGUCACCAAUUCCUGCAUGCGGAGGAAACAUGUAAAUUUUAAAACUGGAUUAAUAGGGAACAAAUGAGUUAUGUGAAAUGAAAUACGGCAAGGGUGUUGGGUCUGGGUGCAUCCUUAAAUCCAUUUAGUCAGGAGCUGUCUUGCUUGAAAGGCUUCAGCGCCCCAAACACACAAAGACAACUGUCUCCCUUCAUCACAUCUCUAAAAAGUAGCUCCAGGGUAAUAAGAUGAGAACCAUUUGGCAUUUUCUUGACCAAAAUCCCACUUGCCAGUUCUUGCUUGAGUCAUUAGCCAUGGAGGCUGCUCCAUUACCAAAUGGGACGCUGCCCCAUCAAUCUCAGUUCCUCCAAGAAGACCUGCAUGUUUUCUAUCUUACAACUUGUCCAGGGCCUGGUCUCGGCUACUUGCUUCCUCCGCCUUAGGCUCCUACAAGUCUGCCUCUGCCUUGUAGGGAGAGUCAGCAGGGAGGAGGAUGGGGACAAAACCAAAAUUAAUUGGCUCCACCUGUCACUGGCUCUUGCUCUGCCUACUGCUGGCUUCCUGCCUUCUUCCCUCUUGGUCCUAGUGGGCAAUAAGGGAAAAUAUAUUAGUACAGUCAAACCUCGGUUCCCAAACGCCUCCAUUAUAGUACGUUUCGGCUCCGGAACGCCGAAAACCCAGAAGUAAGUGUUCCGGUUUUUGAAUAAUUUUGGGAAGCCGAACGUCCAACGAGGCUUCUGUUUGAGUGCAGGAAGCUCUUGUAGCCAAUCGGAAGCCACGCCUCGGUUGUCGAACGUUUUGAAAGCCAAACGGGCUUCCGGAAUGGAAUACGUUUGACAACCGAGGUUUGACUGUAUGCACAUUUUCCCUAACGGUGCAAGCAGUGGCUUGUGGGUAGCCAGUUUAGGUCAGGGUGCAAGGUAAAACGUGACCCUGCUCACAUUUUCUGCCUUCCAGCCCCCCCCCCAGUCCACAAAUAUAUUAAUGCUGAAAUCAUAUGCAUGUUUACUCGCAAGCAAGUCCCAUUCAGUUUGGUGGCCCCUGCUCUAGGCUGACAGCCUGAAAGUUAAGGAACAUCAAUUUAUGGGGCUCACCAGUGCUUUUUUUCCUGGGGGGUAUGCAGGGGUACUCAUACCCCCAAACAUUUUGUGAACCUUUGUACUUUUGUCCAUUUACUGUAUUUAUUUUUCCCAAUUUGAACUAUAAAAUGGUGGUUUUCUUGAGUCAAAAUGAGUGUAACUGCUAAACAUUUUUUAAGGGGAAAAAGCACUGGGGCUCACCUACUCUGGCCCAAUCUGACUUUUAAUACUUUCUCCAAACAAAAAUAGUCAUCACCCUCUGGAGGGAUGUACCCAAUGUUUCCUUUGCGGUGGAGGAAAAGCAUCUUCUGCCAGAGACAAGAAGGCUUCCAGCCUAACCAGCUGGCCCCAUUGCACAUCCAGCUCCAUAACUUUCCCAUUGUUUUCUAAGGGCAGGGGAACACCCUUUCCCCCAUUUGCAACAAGGAAUCCCUCUGUUCACAUGGCGCAUUUCCCAUCACGGAUGAGAACGGGAGGCGAUUUCCGGCACAGAGCUGCGGGUGGCACUUUAGGACUACUGUCCAACAUCAUAGGUCACUAGUUCUUUGUUACUCAGUGUUCUAAAGCACCUUUUAGACAAAAACAUUAAGUGGUAGUUGGUUAGCAAAGCACACUAUGCUUCAGAGACACUUAAGGCUGCAACUCUAAGCAUGUCUACUCAGAAGUAAGUCCUACUUAAUUCAAUGGGACUCGCUAGGUAAGUGCAGCCCAAUUCACUAAGUUACCAUCAAGUCAUCAGUCACAACUCGAUAGCCAUUUUGUACUUCGGAGACGGUCUAGCAAAAUGUAAGGGUGUUAAAUCCUUAUUUCAGUCACUCCAGUUUUUACAUUUGUAGCUCCACAGGCUUUUCAGCGAUUUCACUGUUCAUUUACACCAGGGAGCGAGAGCAGAAUUGGGACCUAUGUUUGAGUCUUUAGUUUGUUUAAAUAUGUGUGGGAUAUUUUUUUUUUUUUUAAUGAACAUAGUCCUCAGUCCUGCCAAGGUUGGUAAACUAUAAGGUUUUGUCAAAUCAUGGCCAGCGUCUUGGGUAGUAGAUUUCAGAACCGACUACUCAUAGUGGCAAAUCCUACACCCAGUAUUUUUUUCUGUGUGGGUUGAGCCUUUUGACAGGACACAACAAAGAUGAUUUUUUUACACUGCACAGCGUUUAUUUCUGCUUGUUGACAGUGCCACAUGGCUCUCAAUUUUGCUUUCUGCUCUAGGUAUAGUAGCAAGUGGAGUGUUCUCUAUAUGAAAAAAACUCCUUAUUAAAAAAAAGUGUCAUCUUUACUGUUUCUUGCUCUAAACAAACAGAUGUUUAAGCUGCACUGGGUUUGUGUUGCAACUGAGUUCUGUAAUUUCUUGACAAUGUAUUUCUAUGGUGAGAUAGCAGUUUCUUAAAAGUAACAACACUGUGCCAAAAUACAGAUGUCGGAAUUUAGACAUUGGACAUUUGUGAUUUUAUCUUUGUGCUAAAUAAUCACUCCAUCGCAGAGCAGAGCACAGAAAAGAAGAGGCAAAAUCAAAACGGGAUUGGAAGGAAGAUUAUUACUCUUCCGGAAUCUGCCUGGACAAAGCUACUGACUGCAAGAGGAGCAUGUCAUUGCUAGUGAUGUUAUCUUUAUGCUCUGGAACUCUUAACUUGUAGGUGUCAUGCGGACUUCUUCUCGCUGCAUAAAUCAUAAGCAAAACCAACCAGUCUUACGGUUUUCAGAAACAGCUUGCAAGGCUAACCCUUUCCCCCACUGUCAGCAAUGAGAAUCAAAACCAGGGAAGACGUGUUCAUUUUUUGCUUUGUUUGAAAAAGUCAGUUUGGUCUAGGUCAGGGCUGAGGAAUCUCUGGCUUUCCUGAUGUUCACGGACUCCAGCUCCCAGUAGCCUCAGAUAGCGUAGCAAGUGGUCAAGAACAAUGGGAGCUGGAGUCCAUUCACAAGCGAAAGGCUGAAGUUUCUCGGUCCUUCAUCUAGGCGGUAAGAAUUUUAGACUGUUUGGUUCACCAACAUUUCCCCGCUCUGCUAAGGACCUACUGGGUGACCUUGGGCAAGUCACUUGUCUCUCAGCCU